AUGAAAUUGUCGGAUUUAGCAGAAAAGUCAUCUACUACCGAAGACCUAUGUAGAAGCCAAUGCUCGGGGAAUUGUUCCUGCGUAGUGUAUGCAUAUGACACAGUUAUUGGCUGUAUGUCAUGGAGUAAAAUGAUCGACAUUCAACAGUUCCAAAGCUCGGGCAAAGAUCUCUAUAUUCGUGUGGCACAUUCAGAGCUUGAUCAUUAUAAAAACAUAAAGAAGAUUGUAAUUCCAGUAAUCCUUGGUACUCAUACACUCAGUGUUUGUCUGUUCAUUUGCUUUACAAUGAUGGCCAGGCGUAGAGGAGUGAAAAGAAAGGUGGUAAUCUUACUUGCUGACAGAAGUGCGGUUUAUAUGGAAGAGUUACCAGUCUUCAGCCUGGAUAUGCUUGCAAAUGCAACAUCCCAAUUCCAUGAGGAUAAUAAGCUUGGUCAGGGCGUUGCUGAAAUUGGUGAUUCCUUCUAUGGAAAACUGGAGGAUGGGAAAGAAAUAGCAGUCAAAAGGCUUUCAAAAGCCUCUAGACAAGGGCUGGAGGAGUUCAUGAAUGAAGUGUUGGUGAUCUCUAAAGUCCAACAUAGAAACCUUGUUAGACUCUUGAGAUGUUGUGUGAAUAAAGACGAGAAAAUGUUGAUUUAUGAAUAUAUGAAGCUUGGAUGUGUUUCUCUUUGGUUUGUACUUACUCUUGAUCAAAGCUUUUUACAUCUCAUUCAACAUGAAGGACAUCGAGGCAUUUUAGAUUGGAUAAGACGUUCCAUUAUAAUUGAAGGGGUUGGGCGAGGACUCCUUUAUCUUCACAAAGAUUCAAGAUUGAAGAUAAUUGAUAGAGAUCUAAAGCCAAGUAACAUUUUGCUCGAUAAUAACUUCAAUCCAAAGAUUUCAGAUUUUGUCAUGGCCAGGAUUUUUGGAUCUGACCAAGAUCAAGCAGACACAAGGAGAGUAGUUGUGAGGUUCGAUUUUCCAUCUUGUAAUUCUCUGCCUGAUUUUCCCCUUCCGUUACCCCCAAUUUUUAUUUUAAAAAUAAAAAUUCUACAAGAAGUUGCCGAAUUUUCCAGUGGAUACAUGGCCCCUGAAUAUGCAACCGGCAGGAAGAUUCUAUCUGGAAAAAGAAAAAGAUUCUCUGAUAAAUCCGAUGUUUUCAGCUUCGGAGUUUUAGUGUUAAAGAUCAUAAGUGGUCGAAAAAGUACAAUUUCUUGGAAUGAGACGUCCUCUUUGAGCCUUUUGAGAUAUGUAAGACUCCUCUUAAAUGCUAAUUUUCAAAAGACUGCUCUUACAGAAAAUACUCAUAGUACAUAA